AUGACGGUGCCCCAGUACGCCCCGCGGUCCCCGGGCCGCGCCCCCAGCCCCGUGGAGCUUCGCCCCGGAGGAGGUAGUGACUCGCCCUCCAACAUCAUCAAGAGAUAUGACGAUAUUAUUAAGAGUCCCGAGGACAAGAGGGAGUACAGAGGUCUCAAGCUCUCUAAUCAUCUUAAAGUGUUGCUCGUGAGCGAUCCGACUACGGAUAAGUCGGCCGCAGCGUUGGAUGUCAAUGUUGGUUAUUUGAGUGACCCGGACGAAGUGCCCGGACUGGCUCAUUUCUGUGAACACAUGCUGUUCUUGGGAACACAGAAAUAUCCAGAGGAGAACGAGUACAACAAGUUCCUCUCUGAACACGGAGGCUCCUCUAACGCGUCUACUUCAUCAGACCACACCACGUACUACUUCGACGUGCUGCCGCAACACUUGGCCAAGGCUCUGGACAUUUUCGCUCAGUUCUUCAUCUCGCCGCUCUUCACGGAGGGCGCCACCGGUCGGGAACUUUCUGCCGUGAACUCGGAACACGAGAAGAACACCUCCUCGGACACCUGGCGGCUCGACCAGCUGAAUAAGAGCACAGCAGAUGAAAAACAUCCCUACCACAAGUUUGGCACCGGUAACCGCGACACGUUAGAGAGGAUACCAAAAGAGAGAGGUAUUGACGUGAGGCAGGAGCUUUUGAAGUUCCAUCAGAAGUGGUACUCUGCUAAUAUUAUGACACUGAUCGUUGUGGGGAAAGAAUCUCUCGACGAGCUGGAAGGUAUCGUGGUGAAACUUUUCUCCGAGGUAGAGGACCGCGGAGUGACCGCGCCCACUUGGCCGGAGCAUCCCUUCCCUCCUCAUCUCCGUAAGAAGAGAGCCUACUGCUGCCCCGUCAAGGAUUUGAGGUCGCUGUCCAUAGACUUCCCUAUACCGGACACCAGGAAACACUACAAGAGUGGACCGGGCCAUUAUUUGUCACACUUACUAGGUCACGAGGGUCCCGGAAGUUUAUUGGCAGCUCUUAAACAGAGAGGAUGGUGCAAUAGCCUGGUGGGUGGUACACGUAUCGGUGCUCGCGGCUUCGGUUUCUUCGGUGUCCAAGUGGAUUUAACCGAGGAGGGCGUGAAGCAUAUCGAUGAAAUCGUAGAACUAGUUUUCCAGUACAUAAGUAUGUUACGCGAGUCCGGAGCUCAGCGGUGGGUGUGGGAGGAACAGCGUGACCUCAUGGCGCUAGAGUUCCGCUUCAAAGACGCUCAAGACCCUCGCGCGCUAGCCGCGGGUCACGUACACCUACUACAGGAGUUCCCCAUGCAAGAUGUGCUCUCGGCUUAUUACCUAAUGACUGAUUGGCGUCCCGACCUCGUGGAUGAUAUGCUAGCGCUCCUCACGCCUGAAAACGUGCGGGUCGGCAUUGUCGCCAAAUGUUUCGAGAAAAAAUGCACUCAGAUUGAGCCGUGGUACGGAACCAAGUACCUACAGGAAGAUAUAGAAGAGAGCCUACUAAAGCGUUGGGAGUCAGCCCAGCCAUCUCCCGAGUUGCACCUACCGCCGCCCAACGAGUUCAUUCCCACACAUCUAGAAUUGGAGACUUCACACGACCCUACAAAGGACGGAAUAGAACCCGUUAUUAUUAAGACCCUGGCUAAAGCUGGGAAAUUGCCAGGUAGAAGAAGAUUAUAUAUAGUAUAUCUGUGUGUUCAGGAUACGCCAUUGAUGAGACUCUGGUACAAGCGUGAUGGUGAGUUCCAGCUACCGAAGUCAUUCGUUACUUUGGAUCUAGUAAGCCCUCUCGCGUAUUCGGACCCCGUUUGCUGCAACUUAACAUCUAUAUGGGUGUUAUUACUUCGGGACAGUUUGCAGCAGUUCGCGUAUUCUGCAGAACUUGCAGGUCUUAGGUGGAGCGUCGGCAACGCUAAAUAUGGACUCAGUAUAGCGAUAGACGGCUACGAUGAGAAGCAGCACGUUUUGUUGGAGAAGAUCAUGGAGCACUUGGUGAACUUCCACGUGGACCCCGCGAGGUUCAAGGUCAUGAAGGAGAGCCACAUACGAGCCAUCAGGAACUUUGAGGCGGAGCAACCCUAUCAGCACGCCGUUUAUCAACAAGCCAUGUGCCUCUCCGAUUUAGUGUGGACAAGAUGUCAAUUACUAGAAGCUGCUCAGAAUUUAACCCCGGAACAGUUGACCGAGUUCACCAAUUUACUGAUCAGACGAGUCCACGUAGAAGGUCUUAUGUUCGGUAACUUGACGAGGGAGCGAGCCUUGGAGGUAGCUGAUAGUAUAGAAGACAAAUUACCAAAAGACGCGACGCCGCUGUUGGCGCAGCAAUUAUUAUUGUACAGAGAAAUAGAAAUCGAGAAAGGCUCGUGGUUCCUCCGUCAGAUAGAGAACAGUGUCCACAAGUCUUCGUGCGCGUCCGUUUACUACGCGUGCGGCGUGAGGAGGGUGAGGCAGAACGUGGUGCUGGAGCUACUGGCUCAGGCGCUGAGUGAACCGUGCUUCCAUGUGUUGAGGACACAGGAACAGCUAGGCUACAUAGUAUUCAGUGGUAUCCGUCGUUCUAACGGCGUUCAAGGUCUACGUGUGAUCGUUCAGAGCGACCGACACCCGGCCUACCUGGAGGACAGGAUCGAAAACUUCAUACAGGGGUCGCAGGAAUAUCUAGAAAAUAUGACAGAUGAAGAGUUCAUGAAGCAUCGGUCAUCACUAGCUGCGCAGAAACUGGAAAAGCCGAAGAGACUGGCGACCAGGGCCUCGCAGAUGUGGAGCGAGAUUACGGCUCAGGUGUACAAUUUUGACAGAAUGCAUGUAGAAGUUGAGGAGUUGAAUACUGUCACUAAAGAUGAACUUCUAGAGUUCUAUAAGAAACACAUAAGCCCUAAGUCUCUAGAACGUCAGAAGCUAUCAGUUUAUGUAGUCUCUGUAGCUGAAGGAGGAGCUGGAAACAAAGAGUCUAGCGAAGAUAAUGAAGAUGAGACCUUACAACCUGUUAAGAUCACAGAUUUAGUGGACUUCAAGUCUAGGAGGAGAUUGUAUCCAAAUCCGCUACCAUUUAUUAAUAUACCGCGGAAAGGGGCUCAUUGUAAACUGUAG